AUGGCAGCAUUUGACAGCACGUCGUGCCCCGAGGAACACUUGAUGGCGUACAAGAAUUUGAUGGUGCUGCACACUACCAACCUUUCCUUGUGGUGUAAAUUCUUCCCAACUACUCUUACGGGAGCAGCCUUGACAUGGUACACCUCCCUUCCAGGAGGAAGUAUCCACAAUUUUGCCCAACUAGAAGGCAAGUUUCUGGGCCACUUUAUAGCCUCAAGAAGGCAGGAGAAAUCAAACUUCCACCUACUUAGUAUCACUCAAUUGGAAGGAGAGUCCAUAUCCUCCUAUCUUAAGAAGUUCCAUGAGGCGGUGCUAGAGGUGACGGAUUUAGAGGAAUUAGUCGCCUUAAACGCCCUAAUCAAUGGAAUGAAGGCUCAAAGGCUCAAGUUUCAGUUGGUGGAGAGCCAGGUGAAGACAUAUGCGGAGGCCAUGAAGCAGUGUCAAAGUUAUGUCACAGCCUCCGAGAUAUGUCAGGCACAUGACCCCAAGAGGCGGAAGUCUGACAAGAAGGACGUCGCAACUCCCCAUCAAUCCUCGAGGAACAGAGAAGAGCCCUAG